GGGUGUAACGGUAACCUUAUCUCGACCUUGUUCCAACUUACCAGUACACCACUGUCUGGCUCUUGCUGGCCAUCAUAUUUCCCCCGCCUUUCAUCUCAUCAAUCCGCCCUUUCUUUUUCCCUAUUUACUGCUGUCAUAGUGACGGGCACGUUGCAUUUGCUUCCAUUUCGGCAAAGCAAUCCAGCCAGUCAACGCGAGGAGGCCAUCAAAGAGUGAGACUCAAUUGAGGGUCGAGUUCAUGACAUCACCAUGUCCAAUGUCAAGAUCAUCGCUGUUACUGGCGCCACCGGCGCACAGGGCGGGGGCGUCGUCAAUGUCAUGAGGAAGACGCCUGGCUGGAGAGUGCGGGCGGUGACGCGCAACCCAGAGAGCGAGGCGGCAAAGAAGCUCGUGGCUGCUGCCGAAUCCGAUGGUGGUUCGGUCGAGGUGGUCCGCGCCGACUGGGACGACGAGGCGUCGCUCGCCCAGGCAUUCGACGGUGUCGCCGCCGUCUUCGCCGUGACCAACUGGUGGGAGUCGCUCUUCUCGGGCAAGUCGCAGUGGGAGGCGGGCGAGAUCGAGGAGCGCCACGGCAUGAACCUCGCGCGCGCGGCCGCGAGGACGCCGACGCUCGAGCACUACCUGUGGUCGACCCAGCCCAGCGCCAAGCGCAUGUUCCCCGACGGCAGCCUCGAGACCCCCCACAUGGACUACAAGGCCAACGUCGACGCGCGCAUCAAGGCCGAGCUGCCCGAGCUGGCCCGCAAGACGACCUACCUCUACGUUGGCUAUUAUCCGCAGAACAUGGCGUACUUUCCGCUGAUCAAGCCGUUUGAAUACCCCGGAACCGGCCAGUACGUCCAGAUACUAGCCACCAACCCACAGGCCAAGAUCCUCCUGGCCGGCGACAUGGCGGUCAACCCGGGCAUCUGGGUGCGGCAGGUCCUUGCCACUGGCCCGGCCGCGUUCGGCAAGUACGCAAACGUGGCGCUUGAGCGGUGGUCGUUCCAGCAGAUGAUGGACAAAUGGUGCGAGAUCACGGGCAAGCGCGGAGCCCUGAUCCCGGUCUCGGAGGAGGUGUGGACCAAGUUCUGGGGUCUUGCCGGCACCGAGCUGGCGUGGCAGUUUAAGUUUGGCGAGAGGUGUGAUCCGUGGGCCGUCAGGGACGAUUCCAUCUCUCCCGAGGAACUCGGCAUCGAUCCGAGUGAGGUGGUCGGCUUUGAGGGUACCAUCAGGGGCUUGGCCAGCAGCGGCUUGUUUGAUUAAUACGGUGGUGAACCUAGUUAUCCGAGACGGCAAGGCCUCGCCGGGUAUCGAGAUGAAGGAGCUGUCAAUUGCGCAGUACUAUGCAUAACUUACAGGCGUGAGUGGAAAAGCCCAAUCAAUUUGGCAACGCCACAGGAUGAUGAUGAGCCCAUCCGUAAAUCAAACAUCAGUAAUAGAGACGGUACAUGCCAGCAAACAUAAUUGUAUUCACUUCAAUCCGGG